AUGAGUGAUUCCCAGCGCUUAACCGGCCCUCUGGCUAUACUCAACGACAACGACAUCGAUAUCGCCACCAUUCACCAGAAAACAUUUGGAUACGAAAGUCAUAACAUGGACACUCCUCCAAUUCAAUCCAACGAAAUAUCAUCUUCAACAGAUACUAAUGAAAAUGAUCUAUGGAGUUUAAGUUAUUCCAAUUCGGAUUUACUUAUACGUCGUGUAAUUCAAGAAAACAUAAUAUCAUCUUCAACAAAUCCUUCCCCUUUAUAUGAUGGUGAUGUCGUUGAAGUUUCUGAUACAGAAACAGUCUUUGAAGAUGAUGAUGAUGAUGAUGAUGAUGACGAAGAUGAAGUUCCUGAAACAGACAUCGAAGAUGAAGUUCCUGAAACAGACAUUGAAGAUGAGGAGGAGGAGGAGGAGGACGACAUUUUUAACAUUAGACAUAAUUAUUUGAAUCAAGAAGCUCAACCAAUAAUAUUAACAGCCAGUGAGGAACAACUAUUCGUAUUCGAAAAUGUAUUUGGUUAA